AUGUCGUCCGAUACUUUUAAAAGGGGCCGCGCUGCUGAGAUUAAAAAGGCUGAAAAAUUGGCACACAGACUCCACCUUACCGUAUCUGAUCGCUAUGUUGUUGAGCUCCUGGAUCCAAAUGGUAGCAUGCAGUUGAUGCCAGGCCAUGACGGACAGCCCGAUGUUCGCGCGUACAACAACAGCCGGCGCCACACAACUGCCUAUCUCGUGCAGGAGCGCGGCGUCAAAAUGGCUGUUCCCUGUGAGAGUUGUGCCCGCGGUGGUGUUCAACGCCCUUGGGAGGACUGUAUAGCAGUUCCAGCUUUUGGUGGAUAUAGCGUCCACAAUCAUGCGUGUGGCAAUUGCUUGCGGAGUGCCGGCAAGGCCUGCUCCUUGCGUCGCGAUUUUGAACAGCAUGGAGGGACUAAAUGGAACGACCCGAUCCAUAGCUAUGUUCUGGGUAAAGGUGGCUUACUGGCUGCCCUUGAGCGCGAGCCAAAAAGACGAUCCACUGUCGGACAGGCUGUUAUAGCGGGAGCAAUUGAGUGUAAGGAUUCUUUUCCCGCCCAGGAAUCUGAAGCGCUCGAGUUGUCUGUUUGUGAAUCGAUCUCCAAGAGCGAGUCAGGCAUGGCGAUGAGAGAUCCUCCCGCAAAGGGAAAGACGCCUGCACAGAGCUCUGAGAUCAAAAUCGAACAGGAAGAUGGAGCUAGCGACUCGGCUGACGAGCUCGACGUCUGGGAUAUACACCCAAUUCCUCCGGAUCCGGUUCGGCCUAACGGGCAACCUUGGGCAGCGACCUGUCGUCCAUGCUUGAAUCGCCAUGAAGUUCCAACAGGCAACAGGGAUACUUCUGGCAGUGGUUCGGCCAAAAAUAACCCAGAGACAAACGCCCCCGUCAUGGCCUCCGGUUUCCUGCCCCCUCCUCUGACAUCAACCCUUGAUUCCUCUAAACCAGCAGUCCGCAAACGUAACGCAUCCGGUGAAGCCUCCAAUAAUCCGCCAAAGAAGCUUAAAGCAGCUGUUCACCCCUCGUUGACGGAUGAAAAUGUUCCGACGGUUACCAUUACGUUGGCGGAGUACACUCGGCUGAUAAGACUGGAAAACGACCGGGAACGCAUGGCUGAGGCCGUGGAAGAUAUUGCACGUCUGACCUCCAGGGUUAAGGAACUGGUCUCAGCUGAGAAUGAUCGCUGGAAAGCAGGCCACGGCAGCUUCAGUGACCGGUGA